ACAGAAAGCCUUAUGUCAAAGUAAAGUUUCGGAAUUGAUAGUUUAUUUCGGAAAUAACUGAAAGAAGAUGUUCCUAUUGUAUUGGUUUGUUAUGAAAGUUUGAAAGUGUUUUGCAAGUUUCAAGGAAAUUAAAUCACUUUUUUCUGCCUGGUAUUGGAGCAGGAAGGAGACGGAAAUCAAUAUUAACGAUUAAUACCAGUUUCGAUAGAUCAGCCCAUGAUAUUGCAGAGGUAUUGAUAAUUAUUGCACUUUAACAAGCUGUUUUUGCCUCAAGGAAAUAUUGUGGAGAUUUUAAUUACAAACAUUGUACAUGAAAAACUGAAAACUGAAAUUUUGUUUGAAAAUUUAUUGAGCGCUAACUCUAUCGGACGUUAAACUAUGAUGAUACAGUUGCCAGUAGUGCAGAGGGCCAGAAGGGUUAUUGGCAAUGUUUGAGGUUCAGAAUCUGUACAGGAGUCCACAGACAAGACGUAAAAACCCAGAUUCUUGCCGCCGUCCUCCGCGUAAUUUUACAUGGUUUGAUCUGAGAACUGUUCAGUUGGAAGAGGAUGACCUCCCCUACAGGAAAGGCAGCAAUGCUACAGUUCGUUCAGAGGGCACGGGCACUGAAUAUUAUGCCAAGCGUGGAAUGUUACCAUCAUAUGACAGUCAGGAAACAGUUCGAGCCUCACGCCCAGUCAGUACAGCCAGUAACAGUAGCAUGAGAGUAAGGAGACUGUCUAGUCUGACAGAUGACAACACAAGAUUUCCAAAGUUACAAGAUUGUGCACACUUCCACUACGACACUGUAGACAUCAAUUCACUAAAGGUAUGUUUAUGCGAUGAUGAUAAUGAACAGUAUCACCAUAACGGGGAAUCCACAAAAUACUUCUAUGUAAAAAUUACGUCCAACGAUAAAACCUGGCUUGUAAGACGCACACUACAAAACUUCCGUAUGCUUGAUCAGAAAUUGCACAGAUGUAUAUUUGACCGGAAAUUCAGUCACCUACCAGACGUUGCACUCAUUGAACCGGAUGUAAACACAGAACAGGAGGUCUAUGGUAUUCUAGGAGACUAUUUAACAAGGUUUUCAUCCCUGGCUGGUAGCAUGUUGAAUUGUGGAUCCGUCCUUAAUUGGCUUGAGAUUGACAAUCGAGGAAAUCGUAUAUUGGCAGUAGAUGACUCUGGUAUCAACACGCCCGCUAUUGCUGCAGCACAUGCUGUAAAACGAUAUACUGCACAGGCAGCUGACGAAAUCUCUCUUGAGGUCGGCGAUAUUAUUUCUGUGAUUGACAUGCCUCCAACUGAAGAUACAAUAUGGUGGCGAGGAAAACGUGGAUUUGAGGUUGGUUUUUUCCCAUUUGAAUGUGUAGAGAUUAUAGGAGACAAGGUUCCCCAGGCUGUUGUCAGUGGUAUACCAGAAACUCCGCAGAAUAGGGCAUUACUAAAGAAGCAUGGAAAGUUUAUAUCAUUUCUCCGAUUGUUUUUCAACACACGACCGGCUCGUAUACAGCUUAAGCAGUCUGGAAUUGUCAAGGAACGUGUGUUUGGAUGUGAUCUAGGCGAGCAUUUACUCAACUCUGGACAUGAUGUACCUCUAGUGUUGAAGAGCUGUGCUGAUGUGAUUGAGAGUCAUGGUCUGGUGGACGGUAUAUACCGGCUGUCCGGUAUCACUUCUAAUAUACAGAAACUCAGACUAGCAUUUGAUGAAGAUCGUGUUCCAGAUUUGACCUCGGAAGAAUAUUUACAGGACGUUCACAGUAUUUCCUCACUACUCAAGAUGUAUUUCAGAGAACUGCCCAACCCUUUACUCACAUACCAGCUGUAUGAUAAAUUUGCAAAUGCUGUUAAAGACGAGGACAACAAAUUAUUACGUAUCCAUGAUGUUGUACAGCAGUUACCUCCCCCACAUUAUCGUACAACUGAGUAUCUGAUGCGUCACUUGGCACGCGUUGCUGCACAUGGACAAGAGACCGGCAUGCAUUCAAAAAACCUUGCAAUAGUCUGGGCUCCUAACUUGUUAAGGUCGAAGGAGUUGGAGACAGGGGGUGGGGCAGCAGCUUUACAAGGUGUGGGUAUCCAGGCUGUGGUCACAGAGUUCCUCAUUCUCUAUGCUGACAUUAUCUUCAGUGACAAAAUGCCUUCUUAUUCCUCUCCAGAACUUAAAAAAACUCACAAAAAGCCAAGACCAAAAUCGUUAGCCAUCUCUACACCAACUAGACUUUUAUCAUUAGAGGAGGCUAGAGAGAGGGCGCUGCUUGGGAAUUUUGUCAAGCCAGAUCAGCGAUACAUCGAUGUUGGUGGUGGACCAAACAAUCUCCCUGCCAAAUAUCACACUGUUCUAGACCUGCCUGGAUACAAAAAGAAAGGUUCUAAAGAGUUGAAGGGGAAGAAAUCUCCAGGAGGACUGAAAUCUCUGUUUACAAAGUCGCGAUCUGGUAGCAUCAGACAGAAGGGCCGCAAACCAAGCUUGCAGGACUUUGAAUCUGGUGAGCGGAAAGCGAUCACAGAGGAGGAUGUACAGCACUGGAAACGUCGCCGUAUACGUAGCGCCAAGAGUGCCGAGUCACUGCUCUCGCUCCCUAUCACAAGUCGACUCGGGAGUCCUCUCUCUGAAAGCCUUGAUCCCAACAGGCUAAUGAAUAUUCUUGCAGAUAAGGAAAAUGCCAGUCCCAUCAAAUACCGAUCAAUGUCUGUGGAGUCGCCACGACCAAUGGCAAGCUCGCAGGAAUACUCCAUAUCGUACCCGAGUUUUGUGCUCGAGGAUGAGGGCAGUAGGGAAAUGGCCAUCGAUGUAAACCCCAAUGAUAUUGAACUGGAUUUAAGUGAGGCCUACAGAGGUGAAAGGGGGUCAUCUGAGAGUCCUGAUGGUGUACAGCGAAAACAAUCAUUUAUACGAAAUGAUCAGAAACGCAAAGUUAUUUGUCAUCGAAGAACUCCAUCUGCUCCAACCACCCCUCGACGUGAGGGGCAUGAACAUAGUAGUGGUUGUAGGGACGUAGAUGAGUCUUUACAGCAGUACACUGAUAAAUCUGUAUCUCAACCUAUGUUAGAAGUGACCUUGACCUCAAAACCUCCAAAGGGGUCAUCGGGGAAAAUAAUUACGAGACAGGACUCUGAAACAGAGAGGUUUUUAGUUCAUAGUGUAUCAAGUGAAAGUGCUAAUGAAAUGAUUAGAAGUGGGGACGAUUAUGGCUCUGAGAAGCGAAAAGGGUCCAAAACCCCACCGAAAGAUAGGAAAAAAUUGAAAGAUGGGAAGGAGAAAAGCCCUUCAGUGGAAAGACAUGUUGGAAGUAAAAGAGACAGGAGUAGACGAGGAAGUGAAAAAGAAAAUAUUCCCUGUGACUCGCAUGAUCAGGAAACUGAACUGAUUAAACAGCUUCCUGAAAGUCCAGGAAGCAGACGUAAACUUUGGAGUAAAUCGAAAAGUGAAGAGCAAACAAAUACCUCCUCAAAUACACAAGUGUCACUACUUUUUAAAUCGCCAUAUUUUUUCUCGCGUUACCAUGACUAUGCAGAAAUUAAUGACGAUGAUUUAGAUGAUGCUGAAUCUCAUGUUAAUAAAAGUGCUGAAGAAGGCAAUAGAAAAAGUGCGCCUGUAACUUCCGAAUGUGCAAUACCAAAUAGUUCUGAUAAAACUCACCGAUAUCCAGUUGAAAGUAUUAACAAUGUGCAAGAAAUAGAAUCUCGUAGUAGUAGAGAAAGUAAAAAUGUGCUUGAAACAGAUUUUCCUGCCAAAAAUACUUCAAAAAAUAGAAACAGUGUUGAAUUACAAACAAAAUCAGGUGCUACAAAAGACACAUUGAAACAAAGUCAGUCUAGCGAUUUUGCUAGUGAAAUUUCAAAAAUUGAACACAACUUACAAAAUAUUCAGCAAAGUUAUUCCAGUGCAAAACCUAUGUCAAAAUGCAUAAGUAUUCCAUCAGACAUUCAGAAAUCCUUGGAAAAUAUUCAUAGUGUUAAUGGCAGUCAUUCAGACAUAAUGUCAUCAAUUACAAUCAGUGAGUUGUCAGUGUCGCAGGACAAUAUUUACCCUGGAAAUGAAGGGAACGGUGUAGAUAGGAGGCGAAGAAGUACUUCUCUUGAUGGGCUGCAUGAUGAAUCUCCGCUUAGUCGAACUUUAAGAGAAAUAAAUGCACAAAUUGACCAGGCUUUCAAACAUGAGAAACAUAAAGCUCAGUCUCUGCAUGACAUACAGUCCUCUCAAACGCUGUCAGAACGAUCUAGUGAAGAACUGUCCUCCGAACUUGUUUCUUAUGAGGAUGAACUUUUGGUGACCCCAACAGGUCAAAGGUCGUUUGGAAGUAUGAGAGAUAUGGAUAGCGACAGAGAUGAUCAGAUCAAUCAGAAUAAAUUUGUAGACCGCCCAGCUGCUGAAAUUCAUAUUGCUGAAGCCCCGAAAGUUAUACGUGCUCCCUUGAGAUCUGGGCGACAAGGAGAAACUGCAACAACUUCAACGACUCCUACACGACCCUCACCUCCAGCAUCCUUAGACAUUGUUUCCCCUUCAACUUCCUCUCAGCCAUUGGUUGGUUUUACAAGUUCAAGGUCAGAAUCUGUCAAAGACCAAGGUAAUACAAAACUAGAAGAUCACAGUCCAUACUCAAAUGUACCUUCUAAAAUUGGAACCAGAAUUAGUGAGGAAGAUUUUCAGAAAAUUUUGAUGUCCGACCCAGAUUCCCUUAAACAGUUUGAGCAGAGUAUGAUGUAUAGCCCAGUUAGGGCAAGAGGUAAGGGAUUUCCUGAUGGGGACAGGUCAGGGAGAUCUAGUGUAGCAAGCCCACUUGAAGGCUCGGCACCAAGGUCGAGGUCAAGUAGAUCAAGUCUGACUAGCCCGGAUGCUAGUCCUGGAUCACAUCGUGGUCUUGGGCAUAAUAGAAGUUUUGGUAGCCCAGAAACCAGCCCGUUGACAUCACGCCCACCACGUAAUCAGAGUCUGAGCAGUUUGGAGGCUAGUCCACAAUCUAGGCAGAAACACAGCCAGUCAUUAAGUAGUUUGGACAGUAGUCCCCAGUCAAAACAGAGAGGUAAAUUAAAAGGAAGUGCAGAUAUAAGUCCAACUACAAGACAGAAGUUAAACAAGUCUUAUGGCAGUGCAGAAGGGAGUCCACAUUUACGUCAAAAACAGAGCCAGUCUUUAAGCAGUGUGGAAGCCAGUCCACCAUCUCGCCAAAAACAAAACCAGUCUUUCAGUAGCUUAGAAGGGAGUCCACAUUCAAGACAGAAACAAAACCAGUCUUUUAGCAGUGUUGAAGCUAGUCCACCUUCCCGCCAAAAAUUAAACCAGUCUUUCAGCAGUUCCGAAGGGAGUCCACAGUCUAGGCAAAAAUUGAGCCAGUCUACAAGCAGUUCAGAUGCAAGUCCUAGACAGAGGCAUAACCAGUCAUUUAGCAGUGUAGAAAGCAGUCCACGAUCACAGCAAAAACAUAACCAGUCUUUCAGCAGUUCAGAAGCCAGCCCACAGACUGGAGCAAGACAGAAAAGUUUGCAGUAUGGAGCCUCUAGUCCUCAAAGAGAUGUCAAAAAGUACAGUCCAAGAUCAGGGAAGAAAUCCUCAGAAAGCCCUCAGCAUGACAGACGGUCUUUUAUACCUCAGUUAAAACUUGAACAGCGUAGAAGUGGAAGUUUGGUCUCGAGCCCCAUGUCACCAGAACAUAAACAGCCUCGCUGGGAAGACUUGGCCGGCCUGAAUGACAGUUUUAAUGAAAUAGACAUGGCAGUCUUUAACGAUAAUUGGAAGAAAUGUCUUGCACCUACAGGUGAUUCAAUACGACUGUCUGGAAAUGCUUCAGAUUCCACGGAGCAGUUGUCAUCUCACACAGAACCGGAAGUCAGUACAGGCACUGACACUGUUGUGCUGGAGAGACCAUCCAUUACUCGGAAAGGAGGUUCAAACCUUACACCAGGAAAUCUUGAAAAAGCUGCUGCAAAGUCGAAAAAAAAGGAAAUUGAAACUUACGAUAAUGUCCCAGAGCAUGAGGCCUUUGAAAUCCAGCACAAAAGUUCCAGAAAUGAAGAUAAUAAAGUAACAACAGAACGACCCACUAUUCGCCGAAGUCAGACUUUACCAGCUGCAUCAUCAUUACCACAGUCUCCAGUAUCAGCAGUUACCUCACCUGGAGGUUUUCUGGAACAUUCCAGUAGUUUUGAAUCAAGUUCUUCGGUAUCUAGCCUGUAUCAUGGAUCUUCUUACGAGUCUGCAACAGGUUUUGGUACUUCUGGUAUAACAACAGAUAGGUCUGGUGCAUUGAGGAAGUCAAAUACAACUCCUGUUCUUACCAGACAGACAUCAUUUGAUUCCUCUUACAAGAAAUCUGUGAGAGUUAUGAGUCUUGGUUCAUCACUUGAGGAGUCUGAUGCAGAGUGUAGAUCAAGCAGAUCAAAUGUGAUGUCCCAAGGCCAAGGGUCUUAUGUGGCAAGAUCAUCAGGUCAUAGGUCAGCCUCCCAUCAAAGUAGCCAGUCAUCUGUCCUUAUGAGAUCAGAAAGUAACCAAUCAGCUGAUUUCCCUUUUCAUGACGUUAGCCAAUCAAAUGCAGAGCUGAAUAGUAGCCAAUCAAGUAUAGGAACACUUCUGCCUCAGAUGCUGGAAGAGAUGGAUGUCAAUGAGAGUUGUCUUGGACUGGCUUCACAUCAAAACAUGUCUAAUGAAAUGAAAGAAAUGAUGCAAGAGCAGAUGAAAGAACAUGCAGGCAUUUUGUCUCCUCUUGAUGAAGUCAUGGCUCCAUUUCCAAAUAUGAGCUCGCCCCGCUUACAACAGAGGUCGUUCUUUGAUACAAAUCCCUUAUCUGGUUUUGACAUGGAGUCCUCAAUUGAAAUUCCUUCAGAUGUUGGCUUAUUGAGUCUUCCUGAGAUACAUUUACAAAUAAUCUCUGAUGGCCCAGUUGUUAUAGCCACUCCCAUGGUACUAUCCCAGCUUACACCAAUUGCCCCAGAGGUCCAUCAUCCGAUUGAUAAUACAGAAGAAGCAUUCCAGAAUGCUGUUAAUGAUGAUUUAGAACGUAACAUGGCCAGUCUUCAAAAUUACCAACCCCAGCAUGUCAGUGUCUGUGAACCAGCUAUAAGAAUACAUGACCCAAAUUCAAGAAUGCAGAAUGAAAGUUUCGUAAAUGUCGCUGGUUCCCGUAUACCAGAACAUUCACCUGGCUUGGAGCAUCUAGUUGCAGUAUCAGCUGACUCGGUACAAGUUAUGGAUACCCCGCCACCAGUGAUGCAAGAUUCGAUGUCAUCAUCAACAUCCUCACAGGUCGACCUGAUGAGUACAAGCUUCACCUACCCACAGAACUUUGAUUCUUGGCACUACUACAGUCCUAUGGUCAACAGUUUAAGUUUACCGGGUGAUCUCGCCCCACCACCUUUGGAGAUGAUUGAACAAUGCAAGUCCACACUUGUUUUGUCUAAACCAAAGUCAUCACAAGAGAAGAAACCAAAAUCUAAACAGGCAAAACCAAAUGAAAUUCUCAUCACUUGGGAAUAUCCAAAAAUUCUUGAUGAAAAUGGUAAAGAGAAAGUAAAAAAGAGAACUGAAUCAUUAAAAUCUGCACCAACUACUCAAGGUAAUAUAAGUUCUGAAAGAGGAGAGGAAAAGCUGGUGUUAGAUAAUAAGCCAUGCUUUAAAAAAUCUACUGCAGCAGAUAAACAGUCCAAACCAACCAACUUACACAUAGCUGAUUUAGUGGACUCUGACCAUGCUGAAAAUUCAGGUUCGGAAGAUGAUGUUUUUGUUGAUCCUAGUGAGGUUACACCUGAGACCAGCUUCUAUGCUGCAGGGUCGAAGUACUUUCAGAGGAGGGAUUUUUUAAGCUAUGGACAUAUGCCAUCAAAUGAUCAGGGGGCAAAUGGGGAAACAAGAGAUAAUAGAGUAUUCAGCUUCGAACUGCCAUCAAGAAGUUCAUUUGAUGAAACACUGAUAAUUGCCAAUCGUCAAAAAGAUGCUGGUAAUAAGGAAAGUGAUUUUGCAGGUUUCCAUGAUGACUUGAUGGAUAUUGGGCAUGAAAAUUCGGAAGAUAUUAGGUUCAGUAAAGCCCAUAGGUCAAGUAAACUUUUAACUCUGUGCGAAAAGUUUGAAAAAGAAACUGGUCCUACUUCUCCAGCUGAAGUUGACGAGAGUGGCAAAAAGAAAACUAUUACACCACCAGAAAAGAAUAUAGUUUCCUCAAUAAGACAGAUGCAUGAAUCACUUGAAUAUGAUGGCAAGGAUGGUAAAACUGAAAAUUUUGGAAAGACUCAGAAAGUAAAUAAAGUUGAUGAGAAUAAAUUGAAAGCAGAUACUAUUUGUCUGAGUCCAACUGGAAAUGCCCCUGCAGGUCAGGGCAGACUGGUUGUGGAAAAUGUUGAAACCAGUCAAAAGAGUCCAAGUGUUCCGUCUGCUGCAAGAUCUAUACCUACCCUACAAGGAAAACCACCAUUAUGUAGAACCAGUUCAAAGACUCGAACGCCAAGUGAAUCGUCACUUGGUGAAAUAGAAAAUGUAAAAGUACCAGUAAAAUCUAACAAAACUGAAGGAUCUCCAAAAUCACGCUAUGAUGGAUCUCCAAAAGGACAAAGACAGUCAGUCAUAUCAUCAGAAGAUGGAUCACCAAAGCUUUUACCACACAGUAGUUCACCAAAAGGGCAGAGAUACUCAACUGAAAUUUCUCCAAAACUUGCACGAGGCAAAGAAGGGCCGCCAGUGAUGCCACGCCAAGGCGGUUCACCUACAGCUUCAAGAAGUGAAACAUCAUCAAAGAUUCCUGUGUUUAGACAGAGCAGUUUUACUAAAGAUGAUGCAAAAUCAGAUUCAUCUCUGAGAAAAUUAAGUAGUUCUCCAAAGAAUUUACGGCAUAGUUGGUGCUCGUCAGAAAGUGAACAUUCAAGUAAAUAUAGUAAAGACAGUGAUCAUAGUAAAAUGACACGCAAAGAGCAUCAUACUGGUCAAAGUAAACAAAAAAGUGAAACUGUCGGUCAAAGUAAUGGUCAGAAAAAAUAUGAAAAAUGUGAUAAAGCUGAAAAGAAAAAGCGUAGAGGAAGUAUUAAAGAAUUGACAAACAUUUUUGAAGAGAAAAUUGAAAAUCUCGGUAAAGGUGCAACCAGUCCGUCUCCGACUCAAGUGAAACUUCGGUCUCGAGUGCGUAGUGUGUCACCAAAUAGUGCUGUAAAUAAAUCUCCAACCUUACCAACGAAUGUUAGACAUAGUAUGGAACUGCCAAGCAGAGACAUUGCCCAUCAUUCAGAUGGGACGUUUAAAGGUGCAGAAGCAAACAUUAAACUCAAUUCAGUACGAAUAGGCCCUAAACCUUUUUAUGGUGCUAAAUAGUAAUGCAUUUUUUGUUGUUAAACAAUUUUAAUUUGAAACUGUAAGAUGUCUUUCAUACAUUUUGGAACAUCCUAAACUUGGAUACUGGGAAGGAUGUUUUGACUUAUUUUCUUGAAAUUAGUGUUUGGCUUUUUUAACACUUGUUAACAAAAAUUUUGUUCAACUACCUAAACACUGUAAGAUUUAAACAUGAUUUUCUGUGAAGGUUGUUUUUUGUGCUAAAAUGUGAUUUAUAAACAAAGCACUUUUAUGUUGGUCAAUAUGUGGCAUAAUAUUUCCAUGCAUUUACAAUAAACAAUUAAAAAAAAGCAAAAUGAUGGGGAAAAAAUCAAGAUAACAGUUUUACAAUAAAGAUACAGGGUAUAAAAUGAAUAUAAAGUUUAAAAAGACUGUAUGAAUAGAUAUACCGAUAAGAUAUAUAAAAAUGAGCAAUUGUUAACUUUAUAGCAGAAAAAAGCACAGAAUGCCUAUAUAUUGUGCUAUAUUCAUUUUUAUUUUGUAUGUGUAGGUAAUGUGUUUUUUCUAAACUGUAUAAGAAAAACGUGUAAAUUUAUUCUGUAUAUACUGAACAUUAUGUAUUGUAACAGUGUUUUUUCUAGUCAUGAUAGUCAUAAUAAAUGUUGUGGUCAUAAUUAUGACUUUAAAUUGAUAAAUUAUACAACCUCUUUUUAAGGUAGUGACAAUUGGCAUUUAUCUUCUUUUUGCAUUUUUGGUAAUGGAAAACCGUCUGCUCUGCAAGGCCAAAAAAUGCUGAAAAUGCCUACUAGAACACAUAAUUGUAUGGAAAAUAACCAGUCAUUUUAACGGGUCAGCUACCUCCAUUAUAGUUUGGAUAACUUGAGUCUCGAUUCAUAUAUUUUCAGGUCUGCCUGGAUAUCUUAAUAGAAUAUUAUGCUUCUUUUUUGCUUAUCCUAUUUUUGUGCACACACAGUACAUACAUCUGCAGAACUGUCUCUUUGUUUGUCACAAGAUAUGAAUGUUCCCUGAAAUUAAAUAUAGUUUGUGAUGACUUUUUGUUGGCAUUCUAUUGCAGUGUGAUUUUUGUUCAUUGACAAAUUUAAUUUUCAUCUUUAAACAAGAUUUUAUUAGGACAUAUUAAUUGCUGUAUAUUGUGUUGCCUUUGUGAUUUUGAAAUUUUUACAAAGACCUCUCAGAUGGUUAAGCCAAAAAACUUUUUGUUUUUUUAUGCUCAAGAUUAUUUCUAAAUCAUUUCGAGAAAAGUGUUCUUCUUCAGUACACAUCACAGCUCAUUAGUAUGACUACAAACUAGAUAAUACCUUUAACAAUGUUUUUCUCAAAUUUGAAUUUUUCGCUUUUGAUAUCUUGGCAAUUUUUUUCUUUCUAGCUCAGAUUAUCUUGUACACUUUGAAGAGAAAAGGGUCAUGAUUAUAUCGAAUUGAAUAGCAUUCAGAGUUAUCUCAUCUCUUAUAAACAAAACAGGGUUCUGAAUACAAAUAUACUACACAGCUUCUAUACCUAAUUGCCAAACAAUUGAGUGGUUUCUUAUGUUAUGUGUGACAGCAAACAAUCCCUUAAGUGGUGAACGUCGUGAAAGUCAGUAAAUAUGUAAAUAUUUAUUCAACAUUUUCUCUGCUGUUGAUAUUUUAGCAUCUAUGUGUCAAACAUGGUAUGCUAAAUCUACUGUCAGUCAAAAGGUCCAGAGUCUGUGUGAAGGUUUUUUUCCUCUUUAAAUGCAAAUAUGACCUCUUUCAUUGCACUUUUUAAUUAAACUUAGUCGUGCUGUGAUAUGAUUUUCUAUCUGGCAUCAGUGUAAAAAGCUCUGUCUGUCUGUCUGUCAGUCAGUUCUGUAAGCAAAUCAUAAACUCAAUGCAAAAAGUGGAUUAUCAUUGACAUAAGGAAAUAGUUAUUAUGUACUUCUUGCUCUUAUGUGAAGAAAUGUGCUACAUUUCUGCUUCAUGUCAAAUAUAGGGUAAAUGCAGCAAUUAACAUGUGCCUCGUGACAAAAGAAAAAUGUUCUCUUUAUGUUUUAUGCUAAUCUUAAUUUGGCCAGUUACAUGAAUUCCGGUUUUAUGUUAUUUUGUUUUCAAUAUUUUAAGGAUACAAAAAUGGUUUUGAGAAAUGGAUCUCUUUUUUUAUCUCCAUUUUUUACCACAAAAUGCAUUUUUAUCUUUUUUGGUGCUUUGAUUUUUAUGUUUUAAAUUUGGUAAUUGUAAACACAUUUAUUAACUCUACACAUUCAUUUGUUAAUGUACUACACAUUUUGCUUCGUUUUUUUUGUUCAUUAAAACUAUUUCUAAGUUUCCGGUUGGCUUUUCUGUUAGAAAUGAUAAUAAACUCAAAAACGAUGUUGAUAAUCUUUGGAAAACAUUAAGUGUCAGUGUUGUACGAAGUAUUAAUUUUGGUCUUCAUUCUAGGAAAAUUGGGUUGAAUAUAAAGGCUAGUUCUUAAAUAGAAGUUUUUAGUAAGGUGUUGUGUUAGAAGGAUUUUCUUAGGGGAUCUUCAGUAGAAGGAAAAAAUAUAGAACUGAAACAUAAUUUUGGUAAAUUUACAGGGUAACCUGAAUUUCCAAAGUUCUGGUUAGGGAUGGUUUGUCACUGUAUGCUUUAUUUUCUGUUUCGUUAGUGAAGAGAUCUCACUGUUUUCGUUAAUCCCAGAUGAAAUUACAGAUCAAAUUUUGUUCCUGUGGUUCUCCCUCCCCCCCACCCCCUACUCUGGAGGGGUGGCAUAUUAUAACACUCCAUCAGUGUGUUAAAACAGUUCAUCCAUCUUUCCUUCUGAAAAAUUCAAGGAAUUCCAAUGAAACUUUACCUAAAGGUUUAUCAUGAUAAGGUAUGUUGCAUUCCAGAUAAAGGCAUGCACAGACAAGGUCAAAGGCAAGGGCACUCCACUUCUGGGGCAGUCUUCACUUACUACCGAAAUACAUAGUAUAGCACAGACAGAUGGACUAUAUUUUAUAAUAUGUAAAACUAGAAAGUAAUUUUUAGAUAUACAAAGCAUACCUUUGACAGGGGUCUGUGGACAGUUGGAAUUUGCAAAUGUUUUUAGCUCACCUGUCACAAAGUGACAAGGUGAGCUUUUGUGAUCGCGCAGCGUCCGUCGUCCGUCCGUCCGUGCGUGCGUAAACUUUUUGCUUGUGACCACUCUAGAGGUCACAUUUUUCAUGGGAUCUUUAUGAAAGUUGGUCAGAAUGUUCACCUUGAUGAUAUCUAGGUCAAGUUCGAAACUGGGUCAUGUGCGGUCAAAAACUAGGUCAGUAGGUCUAAAAAUAGAAAAACCUUGUGACCUCUCUAGAGGCCAUAUUUUUCAAUGGAUCUUCAUGAAAAUUGGUCAGAAUGUUCAUCUUGAUGAUAUCUAGGUCAAGUUCAAAACUGGGUCAACUGUGGUCAAAAACUAGGUCAGUAGGUCAAAUAAUAGAAAAUCCUUGUGACCUCUCUAGAGGUCACAUUUUUCAUGGGAUCUUUAUGAAAAUUGGUCAGAAUGUUCACCUUGAUGAUAUCUAGGUCAAGUUCGAAACUGGGUCACGUCCGGUCUAAAACUAGGUCAAUAGGUCAAAUAAUAGAAAAACCUUGUGACCUCUGUAGAGGCCGUAUUUUUCAUGGGAUCUGCAUGAAAAUUGGUCAGAAUGUUCAUCUUUAUGAUAUCUAGGUCAAGUUUGAAACUGGGUCGACUGCGGUCAAAAACUAGGUCAGUAGGUCAAAUAAUAGAAAAUCCUUGUUACCUCUCUAGAGGUCAUAUUUUUCAUGGGAUCUGCAUGAAAAUUGGUCAGAAUGUUCAUCUUGAUGAUAUCUAGGUCAAGUUCGAAACUGGGUCACGUCCGGUCCAAAACUAGGUCACUAGGUCAAAUAAUAGAAAAACCUUGUGACCUCUGUAGAGGCCAUCUUUUUUCAUGGGAUCUGCAUGAAAAUUGGUCAGAAUGUUCAUCUUGAUGAUAUAUAGGUCAAGUUCGAAACUGGGUCAACAGCGUUCCAAAACUAGGUCAGUAGGUCUAAAAAUAGAAAAUCCUUGUGACCUCCCUAGAGGCCAUAUUUUUCAAUGGAUCUUCAUGAAAAUUGGUGAGAGUGUUCACCUUGAUGAUAUCUAGGUCUGUUUUGAAACUGGGUCACGUGCGGUCAAAAACUAGGUCAGUAGGUCAAAUAAUAGAAAAACCUUGUGACCUCUCUAGAGAUCAUAUUUUUCAUGGGAUAUGCAUGAAAAUUGGUCAGAAUGUUCAUCUUGAUGAUAUCUAAGUCAAGUUCGAAACUGGGUUACGUGCAAUCAAAAACUAGGUCAGUAGGUCAGAUAAUAGAAAAACCUUGUGACCUCUGUAGAGGCAAGAUUUUUCAUGGGAUCUGCAUGAAAAUUGGUCAGAAUGUUCAUCUUGAUAAUAUCUAGGUCAAGAUUGAAACUGGGUCACAUGUGGUCAAAAACUAGGUCAGUAGGUCAAAUAAUAGAAAAAACUUGUGACCUCUCUAGAGGCCAUAUUUUUUCAUGGGAUCUGCAUGAAAGUUGGUCUGAAUGUUCAUCUUGAUGAUAUCUAGGUCAAGUUUGAAACUGGGUCAACUGCAGUCAAAAACUAGGUCACUAGGUCUAAACAUAGAAAAACCUUGUGACCUCUAUAGAGGCCAUAUUUUUCAAUGGAUCUUCAUGAAAAUUGAUGAGAAUGUUCACCUUGGUGAUAUCUAGGUCAAGUACAAAACUGGGUCACAUGCCUUCAAAAACUAGUUCAUUAUGUCAAAUAAUAGAAAAACCUUGUGACCUCUCUAGAGGCCAUAUUUUUCAAUGGAUCUUCAUGAAAAUUGGUCAGAAUUUUUAUCUUGAUGAUAUCUAGGUCAAGUUCAGAACUAGGUCACAUGAGCUCUAAAACUAGGUCACUAAGUCAAAUAAUAGAAAAAACGACGUCAUACUCAGUUCAUGUGGGGACAGGUGAGCGAUUCAGGACCAUCAUGGUCCUCUUGUUUUUAAUAUAGUGUAUAUGUAUGCAAACAGUUGUUUAUGUUCUAUACUGGUUUAUAUUUUUGUUUAUAAAAGCUUUUUAAGGGUCCAAGAUAUAGUUUUAUUACACACACAAAGGACAGUUGAAUUUUAAUUGGACCACAUUUUUCAGUAAAUUUUUAGUUGUUUUAUUUUAAUUUUCAUCAGGUCUUAGCUAUCACUUAAAGUCAUUCUGUAAAAUAUUGAAAUCCCUUCAUAAGAAGACAUGUUCAUUCCCUGAUAGUCUGUUUUGCAGUAUGAACAUACCAUAUUUUGUACUGGUACACAUGUACUGAAGCAUCUCAUAUUCUGACAAGGCUUUUGCAAAUAUGUGAGUGUUUGUUAACUUAUUCUAUGCUGUAAUUAAAUUCAUACCUAGACCAUCAGGAAUUGGUGAUGUUAUAAAAGAUUUGAAUGUACGGUACAGUGGCAGUAUAUAAACUUAUCCGGAUGUUUUCACCUCUUUCUACUUAUACAGCUAAUUAGAAGGUGCAGAAGUUUUGCUUUGAAGUGAUGAAAUUUGUUUAUUUCAUAUUUUACAGUGGUUUGUUUAAAUAUAAAUUACUGUGGAUUAUAUUUAAAAAUUAUCAUAAUAUAAGUACCAACAAGAACAUAAAUAUAGUACAUACCACCAUGUCAAAAUAUAUCAAGAACUACUAGUAUUUGACUUUUCCAACUUAAACAUUGUGACAUCAUAAAUUUCUGUUCAAUUAGCACAACUGGCAUAGCAUUGUACAGAUAAGAUUUUUGUUUAAAACAUUGAAAAGCUGAGAAAUAUAAAGAAAAUUUGCUUGUUUUACAUUUUUAGUUAAAAAGACCUGAAUAUCUUUCACUCAUAAACUCAUUUUCAGUUGUGACUAUACCACUUGUUAAAGUAUUCCAUUGGUUGUUCACUUAGUGAAUAAUAUUUUGAUCUUGUCUUGAAACAAACAAAUAUCUCGCACCUCUCCUAUAUAAUCCAAAUAUUUCAAAUGAGAUUGUUAACCUGUUUAUAAAACAUUUUCAUUUGAUUAUACAUGUACUUAACUGAUAGAUUACAUUAUUCUGUAUUUAUAUAGGGUUAUAUUCCCUUGCGAUGAAAAAUAUUUAAUAUGUAUGUGCAAUAAAAAUGUAAUAUCAAAACUAAAA